AUGGCGGAGAAGACAGAGACCCCAACCUCUAAAGACAUGGGGGUGAUUGAGAGCACUGCCGUUGGUGAGAGGACAAGCGGCGACGCGAUGGGAGCCGCCUCCUUCUACAUUGACCCCGUCAAGGAACGCAAAGUCAUGAGGAAGUUUGAUUUCUAUGCCAUCGGCCUCUUGGGCCUUUUUUACAUGGCCGCAAAUCUCGACCGGGGCAACAUUGGAAACGCCAACGUAGCUGGCAUGAGUAAGGACCUCGGCCUCGUCGGCAACCAAUUCGGAACGGCGACAACGCUUUUGUACGCCACAUAUGUCCCCUUCGAGACCCCCGUCGCCGUGCUCUUGAAGAUCGUCGGUCCGAAACCUCUUCUCUCGGUCUGUGCAUUUGCAUGGGGUGUCUCCUGCCUUGGCAUGGGAUUCAUCCAAAACUACAAGGGGCUGUACGCGUGUCGGCUUCUCAUCGGGGCCUUUGAAGCGGGUCUGAUCCCUUGUAUCAAUGUCUACCUCGGCCUCGUCUACAAAAAGGAGGAGCGCGCCAAACGAUCUGCCGUCAUCUUCGCCUUCUCAGCCUGCUCCAGCGCUUUCGGCGGCCUUUUCGCGUAUGGUCUUUGCCAGAUCUCCGGCCCUGGCAGCUUCGAGGGCUGGCGCUGGCUGUUUAUCGUGGAAGGCAUAUUGACCAUUCUGCUGGUGCCGCUCUUCUUCUUCGUUUUCCCCAUCUCGCCGCUGGAGGCUUGGUUUCUCACUCCCGAAGAGAAGCAAAUCAUGCGAGCAAGAUACGACAGCGAUCCUCACUGGGGAAUUGACGAAGGAUUCAGCUGGGUGGAAGUUUUCAAGAUCUUUAAGGAUCCCAAAUGGUACUGCUUCUGGAUAUACCAGUUCUCCAUCAACAUCUCGUUGUACUCUUUCACUACCUUCCUUCCCUCGAUUAUCAGCGGGUUGGGCUACCACAAUGUCCGUGCCAAUCUAAUGACCGUCCCGGUCUACUUUUGGGGCAUGUUCUGGUGUUUGUUCAUCGCCUGGGCUUCGGACAGAUCUGGUCUCCGAGGACCAUUUAUCGCAGCACAUCUUCUGGUCCUGAUCAUCGGAUACUCAAUCCUGGUGGCCGUCGACUCUCUGGGUGUUCGAUAUUUUGGAUGUUUCGUCGUCGCCACGGCCAUAUACGCUAAUACUGGUACCUCACUCAUGUGGCUCAAUGACAAUGUAUCGCGGCAUUUCAAACGUGCCACCAUGCUGGGCGCCACAACCACCCUUGCCAACACAGCUGGGGUGGCUGUCGGUCAGAUCUUUACCUCCGACACUUCACCUCGGUACCUCAAGGGUAUGUAUGUUGCAAUGGGCUUAGCGGGUGUCGCCUUCCUGUCGAUGGUGAGCAUGAUGAUCGGAAUUAAAAUCGUGAAUCGCCAGCGAGCCGAGAAGUUGCGGCGGGCAGAGGAGAACGGCACACCCAUUGCGCCUCAGCCAGAGUUAGGAGACUCGGAUCCUCAUUUCGUGUAUAAAUGGUAG